AUGUUUAACGCGCUCUCGGGCGAGUGCGAGCCGCUCCCGCGAGAGACCUCGGUCACUCGGAAUGUGCUGAAAUGGUACUCCUGCGGCCCCACAGUGUACGACAAGGCCCAUCUGGGCCACGCUCGGGCCUACGUGAGUCAGGACAUUAUGCGCCGAGUGGCGGAGCGCACGGGCGGCUACAAGGUGCAGCUGGUCAUGGGCGUCACGGACGUGGACGACAAGAUCAUCCGCCGCGCGCAGGAGCAGCGCGUGAGCUUCCAGACGCUCGCGCGGCAGAAGGAGCAGCAGUUCUUCGAGGACAUGGCCAGGUUCUACGUUCGUCCCCCCACCGCCAUCACCCGAGUCAGCGAGCACCUGCCCGAGAUCAUCAAGUACGUCGAGCAGAUCCAGCACAAGGGCUUCGCGUAUGAAGCUGCGGACGGGUCAGGAGUGUACUUUAACACUACGCAGCUGGGUGACAAGUACGGGAAGCUGGACCCGAGACGACAGAGUCAACAGGAUGCCGAGGUGCUUGCGGCCGUGGAGGAGAGCGACGUUGUGGAGGAGGAGGAGAAGGUGAAGAAGGACCCCAAGGACUUUGCGUUGUGGAAGGCUGCUAAAGAGGAGAACGAGCCGGCGUGGGCGUCGCCCUGGGGCAUGGGACGACCGGGGUGGCAUAUUGAGUGCUCGGCGAUGACGCAUCAUGUACUUGGGGAGAAGCUGGACGUGCACACUGGCGGCGUGGACUUGAGGUUCCCGCACCAUAACAAUGAAAUCGCGCAGUGUGAGGCGCAUAACCACGGGCAACAUCAGUAUGGGCACAACGAGGAGUGGUGCAAGCACUUCGUGCACUUCGGACACCUGUAUAUUCGAGGACGGAAGAUGUCCAAGUCGCUCAAGAACUUCAUCUCGGUCAGGGAUUUCUUGGGGCAGGGACAUACGGCCGACCACUUCCGACUCUUCUGCCUGCAGUUCAAGUAUCGCGCCAACUUGGUGUACUCGGAGGAUCGAGUGCGUGACGCGGAGGCAGUGGCUGACAAAUUGAGGGGGUUCUUCCGCAGCGUCAUGGCGUACGGCGGGGAUCACGAGGUGGCACGCGGAUCCGAGGUCAAGUCGAAGCGCUGUGAACAGCCAGACUUGGAGUUGCUGGACGCUCUCUUCGCUACUCAAGCACAGGUCGACGAGGCUUUGCUGGCGGACCUGGAUACUCCUCGCGCGCUGUCACUCGUUUUGGAGUUGGUGUCUCGUGGAAAUACGUACUUGCUGGCGCAACGGGGCGAUUCGGAAGCCCCCGAUGAGGUACUGCUGUCGUUAACGAACUACGUGCUUGAAGUUCUCGAGCUCUUCGGCCUCGAGGGACUCCACGCCGAGUUUUCAGCUAUGAUGCGUCGUCGAUUCGCGGCUCCAGGUCAAACGUCACAGCAGAAAUCGACUGGCAGCGAGGACCACGUCAGUAGGGACGAGCAAGAGGCUCUCCUGCGGUCUCUACUGAAGUUCCGUGCUGCUGUAAGGGAAGAGGCCCUGCGUGAUCCGAAGCAGCCAGGAAAUGCCCGCGUUCUCGCUCUGUGUGACGCAUUGCGUAAUGAGGAACUACCUCCUCUGGGCAUCCAGAUUGAGGACCUCGCACCAGGACGCUCCGUGUUCAAGCUGCUGUCGCCUGCAGAGCGCCAAGCGGCCCAAGCUGAAGCGGAAGAGUCAAAGCAGGCAUCCCAAGAAGUGGGCAAAGCUGCGCAGGCCCUAAAGCAGAAGCAGCUCGAGUUCGAGGCGCUGAUGCAGAUCGCUCCGUUGGAUUUCUUCAGACUGUUGCCGGAGUUUGCAGGUCGCUUCGACACUUUUGACGCCGAGGGCUUCCCGCUGUUCGAGGACGGAGAGGCACUGACCAAGAGUCAACGCAAGAAGCUGGCCAAGAAGCUGGCCAAACACGAAAAGUCCUACACAAAGUACUGGGCGGUCAAGAACAAUGAACAGUAG